CUCUGGAGACUGUCGCCGCUGGCGAGUCGUCCUCUUCUCGGGGGCGUGCAGCGUGAGAGCUGGACCGACGCUCAGCUGCUGUCGAGAACUCCGCCCUGCGUGUAGACGACCGGCGCCGUGUCCCCGGACGGGGAGCCGGCGACUGAGGCUCACCAGGAGCGCUGGUCGGAAGCUGUCCGCGCGUGCGCGACCCGCGGCCGCCUCGCGCGCCGCGGCGCUGGGACGUUGCUGUGGUGAAUGGACACCGUGCUGCCGCUCCGCCGUCGGAUGGGCUUCUCCGGUGGUCUCGACUGAUGACCGAAACCGUUGAUCGCUGCUGGCGAUCCCGGCUAGUGACCGUGACCGGAGAUCGCUGCUGGUGAUCUCGACUGGUGAUCGAGACCGGGGGUCUCUGCUGGUGAUCCCGGCUGGUGACCGUGACUGGGGAUCGCUGCUGGUGACCCCGGCUGGUGACUGCGCCCCGGUGGCGUGGAGACCUGGACGCUCGCUCCCGGUCCGGAGGCGGCGAUGGUGGCGAUCGCCUCCAGCGGCGACCCUGACACGCUGUGCAUCCAGUACAUCAUGCCGUCGGCGCACCUCUACCUCCGCGAGGAGGAGGUGGUGAAGCUGAUGCUAGAGUUCCUGCACAACCGGCAGCUGCACAUCUCGCAGCUGAGCGUGGAGCGCGAGGCCGGCAUCAUCAACGCCAGCCUCAGUGAUGACCUGCUCUUCCUGCGGCAGCUGAUUCUAGACGGCCAGUGGGAGGACGCGCUGGAGUUCGUGCAGCCGCUCACCAGCAUCGAGAGCUUCAACUCGAAGCGCUUCCACUACGAGGUGCUCAAGGUCAAGUACGUGGAGCUGCUGUGCAUCAAGAGCGAGGCCGGCGCGCAGGACAACAUGGACCAGGCCGUCGAGGAGGUGGUGAAGGUGCUGAACGAGCUGGAGAAGUUCUGCGACAGCAAGGAGGAGUACUCGGCGCUGUGCCUGCUGCUGACGCUGCCGCGGCUCGGCGACCACAGCGAGUACCGCGACUGGAACCCGAGCGCGGCGCGCGUGGCCUGCUUCCGCACGGUGCUGCCGCUGGUGGAGAAGUUCCUGCCGAGCGAGCGCAAGCGCGGCGGUGAGCGUCAGGACGAGUGCGCCAGCAGCGACCGCCUCAUCCAGCUGCUCAUCAAGGGCAUCCUGUACGAGAGCUGCGUCGAGUACUGCCAGCAGAAGGCCACGUCGGCCGGCGCCGACGCCGGCGGCGAGAUGCAGUUCAGCAAGGUGCUCAGCGGCAGCGGCUUCAGCGACUCGGACCUCAGCCUGCUCUCCUGGCUGCAGAGCAUCCCCGGCGACACGUUCGCCUGUCCGUUCGAGCAGCGCACGCUGAACGUGGACGUGGAGCGGCUGGAGCGGCCGCAGCUGGACGCGUUCUGGACCGAGUACAUGCUGGUGACGCCCAUCAAGCCGAAGACGUUCCCGCACUCGGUGAUGCCGCACUCGCGGCCCAAGUCCGCGGACGUGAUGUCGCGCUCGCUGAACCCGCAGCUGGAGGGCCUGCCGCUCGGGCUCGGACCGCAGCGCGCGGCGGCGGCGGCGGCGGCCGCUGCCGCCGCCGACCCGAUGUCGCAGAGCCUCGCCAGCUUCCACCUGACCGGUCGCAAGACGAUGAACACGUCCGUGGACCGGCUGUUCGACAGCGAGGCGGCGUCGGCCGCCGCCGGCGAGCUCACCACCAUCUCCGAGCGCCACGAGCCGCAGAGCGCGCCUCCGCCGGCGCCGCCGCCACCGCCGCCCCCGCCGCCGAAGGUGGCGUCUGCGACGACGGCCUCCUCUGGCAGCGACCAGUCGAGCUCGCUGGGCUCGACGCGGCGGCCGGCGCCCCCCACGCCCUCUGACAGCGAGCGCGAGCGCGGCUCGCGCCUCGACAGUGACGCGUCCGAGUCG